GUUGCUGAUUAUUGUGGGUAAAUAACAUUGGGUCGGGUUUUGAAAUUAGUCGGGUUACGAGGGUUGGUUUUUCCAAUUUGACAAAAACCCUUGAUUCGAUUUCUUGUGAUUUGGGGAGAGUUCCUUCUUCGGCUGUUUAAACUCAGCCAAAAAUGGCUAAAAUACCCGUGAGAAAUCUGCUUUCUCUAAUCCAAAAACGCUUCAUUCAAACCAACCUAACCCCUUCUUCUGCUUCAAAACCGCCACCUUUAAAUUCCGCUCUUUCACACUCCCCAAAAAGCUCUCCAAAAUCCGCGUCCGUCCUCAACUGUUUGAAAUCUUAUGGAUUCGAGAAUGCCCAAAUCGCCAUAUUGGUUCAAAAACACCCUAAAAUCCUCAAUUGCAGAGUUAACACUAAGCUCAAGCCCAAGCUUGAAUAUUUCAUCCAAAAGGGUUUUAUGGGUAAGCUUUUGCCUGAACUUGUUGUGUCGAAUCCUUACAUUCUUUUUCGAAGCUUGGAUUCUCAUAUCAAGUCAUCUUUUGAGUUUUUAUCCCGUUUUCUGAAUGGCGAGGAACUGUUGGUUACUAUUAAACGUGCUUCGUGGAUUUUGACUUUAAACUUGAAUACCAUUUUACAACCAAAUGUUGAUUUGCUGAUUAGUGAAGGGAUUUCUGCUAGUAGGAUAUCGAAAUUGUUGGUAUUGCAGCCUAGAGUUCUCUUGGAAAGCCAUGACAGAAUGGUUUACGCGGUUAAAACUGUUAAAGAAAUAGGUCUUGAACCAAAACAGCUUAGGUUUAUACAUGCUCUUAGGGUGAUUUGUUCGAUGAGCAAGUCGAAUUGGACGAAAAAAGUGGAGGCUUUUAUGAGUUUGGGAUGGAGUAAGGAGGAAAUGUUGAAUAAUUUUAGGAAAGAUCCUGUGUGUUUAACUUGUUCUGAGAAAAAACUUAGGUAUUUGAUGGAUUUUUAUGUGAAUACUAUGAAGCUGGAUUUAAAGACUAUCAUUGCAUACCCGAAAUUGCUUCAUUAUAAUAUUUUAUUGUUUGGUUUUACAACGGAUGUCACUCUUUCGGGGCCAGAAUUGGCGUUCCCUCGUAAAGGUACUGUAAAACCAGUGACUUUUGUCCUUGUUAAGUGCAGGCGCUGGUGUUUGGCUGCUCUACGAAAAAUACUGUAA